AUGAGCAGCAGCAGGUUCAGAGCCUCGAUCGACGCGUUCCGUCUCUCCCCAGCUCCAAGUGCCCAAAGGUUCAAAUAUUCACGCGUCGCGCAGAGGCGAAUCGACGGCUGUUCCGCACUCGAGGACCAGCGGAGACUAGGACGCGCGUGUGCGCGUAUAUGCGCGCGCGUCGAAUAUGAGUAUGAGCUACGGACGUUCUCGGGGCGUCGCGACGCGCAUCCGUGGGCGCUGGGCAGAGCAGAGCGACACGCACCUGGCCGCCUCGCGACGGGGAGAAAGCCAUCGGGGACCGCCGUCGCUCGCCCCGCGCAAACCUCCGCCUCAACAAACCCACUCGAAACCCCACCUCGCAAAGACAACACGCACGCGCCACCCCGCGCCGCCGACGCCAAACGAAAGCAAGUUGCUGAUUAA